CAUUCAGGUGCUUGUUCGUAGCCUAGUAUAUAAGGCUGUUCCCCGUAGUCGUCCGUCUUUUCGUUUCAUAACCGGUAACAGAUAUCUAUUGUCAUUUUGCUCGUCCUAUCUUACAUCUCAUAUCAACAGAAUGGCAAGCAAACCUCCUUACAAAGUUGCUGACAUCAAACUUGCCGAAAGUGGCCGACUGGCAAUUACUUUGGCUGAGAAAGAAAUGCCUGGGCUCAUGGAAAUGCGUAAACGUUAUGGCAGCAAUAAAAUUCUUAAGGGUGCACGUAUUGCUGGAUGUUUGCAUAUGACUGUCCAAACUGCUGUUUUAAUUGAAACUCUUACAGAGCUUGGAGCAGAGGUCCAGUGGUCUAGUUGUAAUAUUUUCUCCACUCAAGACAAUGCAGCAGCUGCUAUUGCUAAAACUGGUGUCCCUGUUUAUGCUUGGAAAGGAGAAACUGAUGAAGAAUAUAUUUGGUGUAUUGAGCAGACACUAUAUUUCAAAGAUGGUCAACCUCUGAAUUUGAUCCUUGAUGAUGGUGGUGAUCUUACUAAUUUGAUUCACACCAAAUAUCCACAAUUAUUAGAAGGGAUUAAGGGUUUGUCUGAGGAAACUACCACUGGUGUCCAUAAUUUGUACAAGAUGUUAGAGAGGAAACAACUGAAAGUUCCAGCAAUUAAUGUCAAUGAUUCUGUAACAAAGAGCAAGUUUGACAAUUUAUAUGGUUGCCGUGAAUCUCUGGUUGAUGGCAUUAAACGUGCCACAGAUAUCAUGUUAGCUGGUAAAGUAGCUGUUGUGGCUGGUUAUGGAGAUGUUGGCAAAGGCUGUGCUCAAUCACUGAGAGGUUUCGGUACCAGAGUCAUUGUCACUGAAAUUGAUCCCAUCAAUGCCUUGCAGGCUGCUAUGGAAGGAUAUGAAGUUACAACUAUGGAUGAAGCAUGUAAAAUUGGACGUAUCUUUGUAACAACUACUGGCUGUCGUGAUAUCAUUACACCAAAACACCUCAUGGAAAUGCCAGAUGAUGCUAUUGUUUGUAACAUUGGCCAUUUUGAUGUUGAAAUUGAUGUUGAUUGGUUAAAUAAGAAUGCAGUGGAAAAAGUGGUUAUCCAGCCACAGGUUGACCGCUACACUUUGAAAAAUGGCCGACAUGUGAUCAUUUUGGCUGAGGGGCGUUUGGUGAAUCUUGGUUGCGCUCAUGGUCACCCCAGUUUUGUGAUGAGCAAUUCAUUCACUAACCAAACUUUGGCACAAAUUGAACUCUGGACUAAAAAAUACUCUAUUGGAGUUCAUUUCUUACCCAAAAAACUUGAUGAAGAAGUAGCUUCUUUGCAUUUGGGUCAUCUUGGUGUGAAGUUAACAGAACUAACUGAUGCACAAGCUACAUACCUUGGAGUGGACAAGAAAGGACCCUUUAAGCCUGAUCACUACCGUUAUUGAGUUAUACCUUUUUAAUUGGUUUUGAAUUGUAUGACUAAAUUGACGUUCAAUAACAAAUUAAUCCAUUAUCAAAACACUUAUAGGGAAAGGGUAUUUUAUUUUGGUUCUAGUACAUUCUUAUUUGGUAUAAAAUAAAUCUUUAAGUAAUGGCAUUACACUUGUUUUGUGGUACUCCAGCAUUGCCAUUUGUUUCAAAUGAACUUUCCAGCUCAAUUUGUUUUUUAGUAUUUAGUUCUCAUUUUUUGAAAAAUUAACAAAAUAUACUGUUUAGAAUUAUAAGGUAUUUAAAAAAUUUUUUUUAUGGUAAUACCAAAUGGUUCAGUGGAUGCUAUAUGAUAUUUGAUGUAUUACAAUAUGGGACCCAAGCAAAACUAGAAUUUGAAUAUUUUCUGUAAGCUUCAAUAUCUCCAUCCAGGGUUGUUAGAGAAAUUUGUUAUUUCUACAAAGUGUUCAACACACUGAUGGCAUAAAAUUCUAAAUGAAUAAAUUAUUUUUUAACGUA